GUUCAAACUAGCACGAUCUUGCUGACACUCGCUAGCUUUGUGGCGUCGACAUGCAUCUCCGCCAAUGAUUUAGAUAUCGUAUCUGCACAGACGCUGAAGCCGAAUACUUCUAGAAUCUUGGGAUGAUCGACCAGGCUCUGAUGCAUCCACAGCCCAAUAGAACAACGGCAACUUGAUGCAAGUUCUGCAGCUGGCCGCUACGGCGAGCUGGUCCGAGACCAUGGUAAAUACCCCAUGGCUUUCUCUUCCCGCACGCUACGAACGCCUCGUCGUAUUCAAUAUCGGCCUCAGCGACAUCUGAGAACUUCAGUGAUCACUGCGUUGCCUUUAUUCAGACGUCACUUGAACGACUUCCGUUCACGUACGUGUUGCAGCCGUUCAGCAUUGGUCGAACAGCGGUGUAGGCCGUAACAGCGAUGUUUGGACUACAACCCAGGGGGACGAUGAAGAGGCCGUAAAGGCGAACUAUUAUUCAAGGACUGGCCAUGCCGAUACCAUGGGACAGAUACAUUCCCGGGGGUUUUCAGAGACGGCAGCCACCAUUACUACCAAUUGCGGAAGCUCGAGAAAGUCCCAGUCUACACGAGACUCCCCACUCACAGCAGAAUGCGUCUGAGUGUGUAUACGACGAAAAGUCCACGCACGCUUCAUAUUCCCGAAGCACAACUUCGCAGCAACCGGCCGGCACUGCGCCCCAGCAUGAAACAAUUGGUGCCAGUCGUAGGGAAUCAUUUCAUCCAGAUCCCCUCGAAUUCUUGAAUCCGGGCAGCAGCACCAUCUCUCAUACGAACGAGAAGGACGGGUCCCAUGUAUUUCAGACUGAAAGCCACUCAUCAGACGACGAAGUUGAUGAACAGGAAAACCAGCAACCAUGUCAGUCGGAUGCUUCGACUAUCAGUGACUCCGAUACCUCCACUGCAGUGCUUCCAGAAUUUCCCUUGCCUGCUCACCCUCGGAAUCAGGCCGGUUUCUCCAACCCUUUCAACGACAAUGACAAAAAUAACCAGUCCUUACAUUGCUACAAUGCCACAGACAAAAGCAGUGCCACUGGCACGCCUUGUCAGAACUCUGCCGAUCUGAGCAGGUCACGAAAUUUCUCACUGCCUUCAUUCGUCGUUAAUCCCAAAGGCCUGACAUGGAUGCCUGACCCGAGUACCUGGCCCGCUUACGAAAAGGUUCCCGGGCGACGAAGAUCCACCAGAGCGCUUUUUACUAUCUCUAUGGAUAGUAACUAUCCUCAAAUCGUUGAGCCGAAGGAUCCUGCCAGAAAAUUGUCGCCAAAGAACCUUUUUACAUAA